AUGUCGCAGCUGCUCGAUUGCAGUAUUCCUAUCUGGCCUACACAACUCGGGCGGUACACCGAAAUGGCACGGUCACCGGAUUCUCUACAGCGCAACUAUGACAUCGACAUGAUGCAGAUCGAAUUGCCUCAGUCCGAGAUGCACGGGGGUUGGACCGAGCUGGUUCACCCGUCAGGAGCCGUAUACAACUACAAUGCGGGAAUGAAAACAUUCGCCGAAAUGAACUUGAGGACUUGUUCAGAGGAACGGCUCCGGAGGCUUGAGUCCUGGGUCAGAGCGUCAAGAGCCAAGCUAAACGGAAAGGGAUAUUUGCUAGUCGUGGAGCCGAUCGUAGUGCAAGAGAAGGAAGUCUAUCCGUACUAUUACGUCGUCCCAGAAAAUCAUAUCAUUACCUGGGUGGAGCCAGUGAAUGGCUACCUUCUUUUCCAGGAAUCUAUGGCAUCGCACUGGAAUCAUAAAAGACUCGAACUGGAGGCUCAAUUUUGGAAACAUGCCGAAUAUUUUCCUCACGAAAUCACAAUACCCCUCUCCGAAGUAAGAGCUUUGCGAAUUCAGCUGAACUGGUAUCGCGUAGAAGCAUUGGCCAUUGAACAGUCAACAGCGGCUUCAAUAUUCUGGACUCUGGACCAGAUGAAGGAAAUGACCGAUGAGCUGAUCAUUGCUGGCACUGCCCAGGCUAAAGCUCAAACCACCGUGGCAAGUGUCAUCAUGGCCGUCAACGCCAGCAUCCUUGCUGUCCCAGGUUUGGGCACGCAACUUACCACGAAAACGAUGUGCUCUAUCUCCUUCGUUCUCAGUUUCUACUGUAUUAUCGGUUAUGCGUUCUAUGUGGGUUCCCUCGCUCGAGAAGAGGUUAUCAAAGGUCGCUACCCACCCCCCAUGGAUGCUGGGUUCUGCAGCGUUGCAUUGACCACGCUUCGGACCACCAGCGCAUCCAGCUUGUGA